ACUGUAAACAAAGCUGUAGGCAGUCUGGCUGAACUCCGCGCACGGGCCCGAACCCUCCGCCUCCUGCGUCUCGCGUGAACUGUGCUGCUUCAGGACUCGACUCAGCUCUGGCCGCGUCGCUUGGCGCACUUGAAUGCCCGAUGGAUAAGCACCCGCGAUUGAUCCCAGUCUAGAUUGCAGUCGAUUGUGGCGAUAGGAGUGUAGAGGGGAGCUGCAUACCUCCAUCCGGGGCAGAAUCAGUGUGUUCUCCUCGACGUUGGAGUGUAGAGCAGUCGAGUCCCUUCGCGGCCGUUUUGCUGUCCUCGUCUCAUCCUGCGGCGUCUCAACCCGUUCCUCGUGCGAUUCAUGCUGUGACCGUGUGACUGUGACUGUGGCGGGUGACUGUGGGUCGCUGUCGGGCCGUGUCGACCCCUGAAAACUGAACGAGACUCUGUAGAACAUGAUGUGCACCGCGAUGGACUUGGCCGAGGACUGCAUGUCCCUCAGCUCGCCCUGGGACAAUGUGACAGUGCCCGACACUGUGUACAGGCGGGUGCUCCAGGAGGUGACAAGCCUGCUGCCCCAGAUGGAGUACCACCCUUGGAUCCUGUCGGCCAUCGGGUCGGUCGUCGUGGGCCUCAGCGGCAUCCUGCCCCUGCUCGUCAUCCCCAUCGACUCUGGAGUCAGCAUGAAGCACGGAGCCGGCGCGCGCACCCUCAAGGUGCUGCUGAGCUUCGCGGUGGGCGGCCUCCUCGGCGACGUGUUCCUGCACCUGCUGCCGGAGGCGUGGGCCAGCCGGCAGAAGUUGGGAGGAGAAUCUUCUCAUCCUUCAUUUUCUGUCGGAGCUUGGGUUCUGACUGGACUGGUUGUCUUUGUUAUUGCUGAAAAAUUAUUUGCACCAUCUGACGAUGACGAUGAAGAAGAGGAGGAAGAGGAAGAGGUGGAGAAGAGAGAAACAGAAAAAGACAAAGUUCCUAUUGUUUUGGCUGUGACACAGAAGAAAAGCACUUCUCUUGAAAACAACAAUAAUGUACCAGUGGCUAAUGGAAAAGCUAAAUUGUCCAAUGGACAUAUUCCCAAUGGCACAGCUACAAAGUCUCAUUUAGAAACUGUAAAAGCGCCUAAAAGCGAAAAAGCUGCAAAGAAAAUUGGAGGCAAACAGAUGUCAGGCUACCUUAACUUGAUGGCAAACAGUAUCGACAAUUUCACUCAUGGUUUAGCUGUGGGUGGAAGUUUUCUGAUUUCUUUCCGUGUUGGAGCUCUGUCCACACUAGCCAUUCUUGUCCAUGAAAUUCCCCAUGAGGUUGGCGAUUUUGCCAUUCUAUUGCGAGCCGGGUUUACUCGCUGGGAGGCAGCAUGGGCACAACUCUGUACAGCUUUCACUGGCCUUUUGGGUGCUAUGGUUGCUGUAGCAUUCAGUGAGGCUGGAGGCUCAGUCGAGGCCAAAACAUCAUGGAUUCUUCCUUUCACCGCUGGCGGAUUUCUUCACAUUGCUUUGGUGACUGUUCUUCCUGAAUUAAUUAGGGAGAAGAACUCUUGGGAAUCCCUGAAGCAAAUGUCCUCAUUAUUGGCUGGCAUAGCUGUCAUGGCUGCUAUGACAAUUCUUGUUGAGUGAAAAGGUCUGUGAUUACACCCAUGUGAGUGUUGUGAGUGUGCCUCAGUAAUCGAUAAAUUAGUUGGAAUGUAAGAUAGACCCACUUAUUAUUUUGAACAAAAGCCAUAAAUUUUUCACUUGUUAUGUAUUAAACAAUCUAUUCUCUUCAAACUUUUUCCACAAACUUGCUCAGGAUACAUUUGAAUAUCAAGAGAUUAUGUGCUGCUUAAAUGGAUAGUAUUAGCUAGGAUCAGUGCCAUAAUAGAAGUGACAAUAAACCAAGUGUUUGAGGUAGCCAUACCACUCAAUCUGACAGAUACAAAGUAAUGAAUUUUAUGCUUUUUAACUAAGUCUUCAAUGUCAUAUUUAUACCUGUUGUAAGUUUGUACCAAAGAAAGAGCAUACUUUUGCAUUGUUCUAGGUUUUGUAUUAAUCUUAUUUACGUAAUUUCUUACCCAUUUAAGUUAGAUUAAUAGCACUAUUAUUGAAAAAUUGGAAAACAUAAUGACUGAAGAUGCACCUCUGUUGCAGAGCAUAUUUUAAGUAUUUCAUUCAUCAGUACUGUGUAAUUCAUAUCUUUCUGUACUGUUUGGUUUUCUUUACCAAAUUUUAUGAAAGUUGUAUGUCUAACGGCUGUGACUGUAUGCUGGUUUUCUUCUGUAGAUGUUGUAUGGCAACAACAACUAUAAAAGAAUUCUGUGUCGUCUAAGUAAUAGCAUAUCUCAAUAUUCAUAGUAGUAGUCAUUUGUGUCACAUUGUUAAACAAAGACAAAACUAAGGUUAUUGUGUUUUUGUAGUAACUGUCAAAAGAAGUAUGUAAGCUAUUCAUUUUAACAUCCAUGUUAUCUGUUUUUUACAUAAUCUUUUUUAAAGAGCUGCAGCUUUACUUUUGAUUUUUUCUAAGGGAAUUACCAUAUUUUACAUCAUUGUUAUUUUUCAUUGUAAAUAGUUAUGUAGAUGUUAAUAUUAAAAGUUUUAGCAGGAGAAAAACAUAGAUCGUGUAACAUUUCUCCUCUGUUGGUCUACAAUACUGUGACUAGUGUAGACUUGUUCAUCAAGAUAUUCAGACUUUUGGUACAAGGUUUUCUCUUGUCUAAGACUUUCUGAUCAGUAUACUCUGAUAGGAAUAAGGUCAAGUUCGUAACACUUGCGUAAAGAAAUUGAUUAUUCAAAUAAUGGACCCUUUCUAUGAUUCUUUUUGAUGAUCUGCAUGCUGUUGUCCUACUUUGUAAUUUUAAACGGGGACAUAUUCCCUCUUUCUCAUUCUGUGUGGAGAAGAAAUACCUGAUUGAUGAGGUACUUAACUUAAAAUGAAGAAAUAUCACCAGAGGAGGGACUUCAGUAAGCCUUACAAAGUUUUUUUUUCACUCUUACAUUUGCGACAAUUUCAUAAAAUAUUUAGUUUCCUACCAGUGUUUGUAGUCAGUGAAGGUUGGUUGUACUAUAUAGUAAGAGUGCUCAUCUUUGAAGGUUUUGAUAAACAUUAUUAGCCGAAUGUGAUAUGUAAAUGUUAUAUUUUGUAUUUUAUAUGUAUGUUGUGCAAGGUGUAAUAUUAUCUAAGUCAGUCUGACAACUUAAAUAGCUGUUAUCAUGAAUGCAUGUUUGAUAAAUGCCAUGAGCAAAUUAAAUAUACAUAGACAACAAAUACUAA